GGGGGGGAGACAUGCGCACAGUCUGUGUGUGCCUGGGAGAUGGGCUGAGCUUUCAGAGUACCGCUCAGCGCUUCCCCCCUCUUUUUCUCUCUCUGUUCACUCACACUCUGGCAGCUCGCUGCCUCUCCCGUUACACGGAAGGUUCCUGGUGCUGAUCUGUGAUCCUCUUACACAUACAGCCCCUUCGGAGUUCCUGUUUCCGCCGAAUACUGCCUGACGCGAUCAAACACCAGUGGAUCCACCGUCUAAUGUGCAUAUUUACAUACACAGAAAACAUCCUUCAACCGAACGGGGAAAGGAAGCGACCUCAGAGCUAAGCGGAGCCCGGAGCCUCCCUGACCCGGAGUGGCAGGGUGUUACUAACUGCUGUGUCUUGGAGAGAGACUUUCAAUUUCUGAAGACUCCAGGUCGGUCCUUGAGGCAUUGCAACUCGAAGCAAGUCACAUCGUUAUUCUGUGAAGCAAAUGAAGAGAAUGUGAAAAGAUCUGAGCCAACAGUGUGGGCCUGAAACUAUCUCCAUCUCGCCUCGAUCACCCGACAUUAAAGUCAAAGAACAACCAGUCUGCCAGGAGGAGCCUUCUACUUUGGGUGUUUGGAGAUAAGAAAAUACCCCAAGACACAAGGCCCCAACGAUGGUCAGUGAGAGCAGUCUGUCAGAAGUGGUAAUUACGUAAAGUGUACAGCUGUCGGGUGGAAGAGGGAAAAGAGCACAGUCAGUGAUGCAUUGAAUAAUUCUACUGCCGAGACCAGAUAGAGUCGAAAUGAAAGGCUUUUAAUAAGUGACUUUGCUGAUUGUCCAAUCAAGGGGAAGGUUCAUCUGGGGGGAAAACAAGAAGGGUGCAAGAAAUUUCGGGAGCUGAGAGAAUUCCUGGCACAAUGCGUUGAGGAAAAGAACGGCAGACAUUCAUUCCUCUCUGCACAGAUUCUGAAAGCAUGGCGAUUUUUCACCUGUGAGCGGGUACUGAGGACCAGACCAGCUGAAGAUGCGGCCAUGGACUGGCUCCUGGCGAUGGAUUAUGUUGAUCCUUCUUGCCUGGGGGACACUGCUGUUCUACAUCGGCGGGCAUCUAGUCAGAGACAGUGACCAACCGGAUCGCUCCAGCAGAGAACUGUCCAAGAUCCUCGCGAAGCUUGAGCGUUUGAAACAGCAAAAUGAAGAUUUGCGGAAGAUGGCUGAGUCACUGAGAAUUCCUGAAGGCCCCAUUGACCAGGGACCUGGUGCUGCUGGAAGAGUGCGUGAAUUAGAAGAACAACUGAUUAAGGCCAAAGAGCAGAUAGAAAUCUACAAGAAGCAACCAGGCAAUGCAGGUCCUGGGAAAGAACAUGAGGAGCUCAGACGCAAGAUUGAGAAUGGAGUGAAGGAGCUGUGGUUCUUUGUACAGAGUGAAAUCCAGAAGGUGAAGCACCUGCAGGGCGAGGAAGCACAGAGACAUGCAGAUGCGUUGCUUGAGAACCUAGGCCACCAGCAGAGGUCUAUUAUGACUGAUGUGUACUACCUCAGUCAAACAGACGGAGCUGAUAAAUGGAGAGAGAAAGAGGCCAAGGAUCUGACAGAUCUAGUUCAGCGGAGAAUAACAUACCUGCAGAACCCCAAAGACUGCAGUAAAGCCAAAAAGUUGGUUUGUAACAUCAACAAGGGGUGUGGCUAUGGCUGUCAGCUGCAUCACGUCGUCUACUGCUUUAUGAUUGCAUAUGGUACACAACGCACUCUCAUCCUGGAAUCUCAGAACUGGCGCUACUCCACUGGGGGAUGGGAGACUGUCUUCAAACCAGUUAGUGAAACCUGCAUGGAUAGAUCUGGCACCACCACUGGCCAUUGGUCUGGUGAGGCCAAUGAUAAAAAUGUACAAGUGGUGGAACUGCCAAUAGUCGACAGCCUGCACCCACGACCACCAUACCUGCCCUUGGCUAUUCCCGAAGACCUGGCAGGUCGACUGACUCACCUACAUGGAGAUCCGUCGGUCUGGUGGGUUUCACAGUUCGUCAAAUAUUUGAUACGUCCGCAAGCUUGGCUGGAGAAGGAAAUUGAAGAGGCAACGAGAAAGCUUGGCUUCAGGCAUCCAAUUAUUGGCAUUCAUGUGCGUCGCACAGACAAAGUUGGAACCGAGGCAGCUUAUCAUCCUAUUGAAGAAUACAUGGUACACGUGGAGGAGCACUACAAAUUUCUCGCUCGCAAGACAGAGAUUGAUAAAAAACGAGUUUACCUCGCCACAGAUGACCCAGCGCUGCUCCAGGAAGCUAAGUCAAAAUACCCGGAUUACGCAUUCAUCAGUGAUAACUCUAUCUCGUGGUCAGCGGGCCUGCAUAACCGAUACACAGAGAAUUCACUGCGAGGCGUGAUUCUGGACAUCCAUUUUCUCUCUCAGGCAGACUUCUUAGUCUGUACCUUCUCAUCACAGACAGACUCUCAGGAGCAUUUCGGGUCGGGCAGGAACAUUUAAGGAUUCACAGGCAAAAACGAAAGAAUGUCCAGAUAAGCAUUUACGAACUAGUGUGUUUCAGGUAGGAGAUGACCACAUUGAUAAGUUUGGCAGUGCCUUGUUCCUUUCUCUGAUUGGCACUUGCCUUUCAAUAGCACAUUUACGUUAAGGGUAAAAAACAAUUCCUGCUUUUGUUAGGUAAAUGUGUUAUGCUAAUGUUGUGUGACACCAUUAAAGAACACUGCAGCCACAUUGCAAAGUAUGAAUCAAGCUAGAGUUUGUAACUAUGUAAUGUAUUCACAUUAUGUUGUAGUUUAUAGUAGCACUUAGGAAGAGCAUUUAAGACCAGUUGAAGCCAUGUUUAAGCAACUAUGCUUGCCUGAGUUAAUGAUAAAUUUAAUAAAGAGUGAAUUUUCAAAAACAAGUGUGAUUUAUGCAGGAUGUGUGGUUGGACAAGGACAGGGAAAUUAAAGGAUUUAAUGGAAUUCAUGAUUCCUGAAACUAAAUGAGAAGACAUGAAAUUUUUAGGAAUGCAUUGAUUUUAUUGGAAAUUUGUGUGUAAUUUUGCUGUGAUAGCCAUACAGUUAACAAAUUUGUUAAGAGAUAAAGCAAAGCUUCAUGAUCAGAAGAAUAUCAAAUAGUGUUUGAGAAGCUGAAGUUAAUCUAAAUAAAUGAACCAUUAUUUGCCACCCCUGAUUUUUCCAGAUUGUUCAAAAUUGCAUUUGAGUUAGGGCUUUGUGGGUCAAUGCCAUCUUGUUACAAAUGAGUCAGGAGAACAAAGCCAGUGGGAUACUUUUCCAUGAAACUUGUGACAAUGCUGUGACUUUAAGAGGUGUGUUUUCUUCUGGUUUCUUUUAGAAAGAGAUCUGGGGAACAGGCGCUGAGCAAUUUGAGAAGAUAAGCAACUUGUAAAGCCUUGGGGUUUUUUUUUCCCCCUAAAAGUUGGAACAAUAGAAACAUCCUGAGUGGGUGUGGUCAAGCUCCCACCCACAGAACCAGGGAUUUUAGGUUUUUCAGUAGCUGAAACUGUUGUGGUUGUGAAAAGCUAUAACAUCUUUCUUUGCUACAGCUGAAAGUGGCAGUUUUCUUUCCAUCAGCAUUGUUUUCUGAUGUUCUUUCCUCCUGGAUUGGAGAACUGCAUGUGAGGCAGUCUGUGUUCUGAAUUUGCCUUUUGCCAAGGGUGAGUUUAUGGAAUGUUGCUAUUUUGGAACAGUUAAUUAGUAACAGCUCCUCUACCUAUCGUUCUGUUAAGUUUUCCAUUAGAUUUAAGUUAUUAAAAUUCUUUUUGUUUUGUAUUUUAACUACAAUGGAUGAAUAAAUUGUGUUUUACUUUAAAUUGGUAGUUUGACCAAUCAAAUUGCAUUUGCAAGCAAUGCCUUACAUUUGUCAUUAAAACAUGAGAAAGUUAGUGUCUAGACAAUCUUAUAAAGAGCUUGAUGAGGUUUAGUCUGGGCCAUAACAAAGUAAGCCAGUAACAGAAGUAAUAUUCCACCACGCACAAAGAGACUUGGGGAUUGUUGACAGCUCUUCAGCAUUUUGAUGUCUGUAUUUUCCAGAUACAUGGAAACAAGGAAACACCAAUUUAUACUGAAAGGAAUCCAUAGCGUUCAAUGUAAAGAUUAAAAAUCAGAAUGCAUUACUAUUCAGAUACAGCUUUUUGGUGCAACCAUUUAAAGUCAAAAGCCUGUUCUUAUUCAUGACAAAGAUAAUAUGCUUGGGGUUACAUUAUCCUGAAUGUUAGAUGAGGUUAAAAUUUAGGAAAUUACUUGACAUUGAACAGCAGAGUCAGGAGCUUUGCAGAUUUACUGCUGGGUCAGACAACAUUGUAGGCUUCUUUCUCCAUUUGAAUCCCUCCCCAUCUGGUCACUGCCACUGACUUUGUCUGUCUUUCUCCUUUUUUUAAAAAAAAAGUACCAUUGCUUUGAUCCUUUUUUUCCUCCCUAAAGUUGCCAAACAAUGCAACAGCUCAUAAGACAAUAAUUGCUGCUCUUAGAAUUAGAGGAAAUGAGCUUCAACACUGAAAAUACGUCAAAAAAAAAAGGAGCAGCUCUUACAGCCACAAUGUUUUCCCAUCCUCCAUUUCAGAAUCUUCAGACUGUUUAGAUCAUAUGGAAUGCCAGGAGAGCAAACCACUUGGAUACAGAGCUAGUUCGAAGGUAUAAACAGAGGGUGGUUGUGGAGGGCUGUUUUUCAGACUGGAGGCCUGUGACUAGCAGUGGGCCACAAGAAUCCGUGCUGGGUUCACUGCUUUUUGUCACUUAUAUCAAUGAUUUGGAUAUGAACAUAGGAGGUGUGGUUCGCUAAGUUUGUGGAUGACUGCAAAAUUGGAGGUUGUUGGACGGCGAAGAAUGUUACCUCGAGUAUGACGGGAUUCUGAUCAUACGGACCAUUGGGUUGAGGAAUGUCAGAUGGAGUUUAGUUUAAAUAAAUGCGAGGUGCAGCAAUUUUUGGAAAUGCAAAUCAGGGCAGGAGUUAUACACUGAAUGGUAAGGCCCUGGGGAGUGUUGCUGAGUAAAGAGAUCAUGGAGUGUAGGUUCAUAGUUCCUUCAAAGUGGAGUCGCAGCUAGAAAUUGGUGAAUGAAGAAGGGGUUUGUUAUGCUUGCCUUUAUUGGUCAGUGCAUUGAGUGUAGGAGUUGGGAGGUCACGUUGUGGCUGUACAGGGCAUUGGUUACGUCAUUAUCAGAACACUGCUUUCAGUUCAGGUCGCCCUCCUGUUGUGAAACAUGAAAGAGUUCAGAAAGGAUUUAUAAGGAUGUUGCCAGGUUUGGAGAAUUUGAGCUACAGGGAGAGGCUGUAUAUGCUGGAGUUAUUUUCCCUGGAGUGUUAGACGCUGAGAGAUGACCUUAUAGGGAUUUAUAAAAUAAUAAGGGGCCAUGGACAGAGUAAAUAGACAAGCUCUUUCCCCUUGGGUGGGGAGUUCAGAACUAGAGGACGUAGGUUUAAGGUGAGAGGGGCAAGAUUUAAAAGGGAUCUAAGGGGCAACUUUUUCGCACAGAGGGUGAUGCCAAAGGAAGUGGUAGAAGCUAACACGAUAAAAGUUUAACAGGCAUCUGGACGGAUAUAUAAAUCGGAAGGGUUUCGAGGAAUAUUGGACAAAUGCUGGAAAAUGGGACUGGAUUUAUCUAGAAAUCUGGAUGUCAUGCACACAUUAGACUGAAGGGUCUGCUUCCAUGCUCUUCAUCUCUUAUGAGUCUAAACUGAAAGAUUUGCAUAAAUACAAGGGGAGAAAGAAGAACGAAUGGGAUGAAGUCUAAUAUUAUUCUAUAACGGAAAAUGGGGUUUCAUUUUUCUCAAAGAUGGAGACCUGAGAUUUGUGUCUUUUUAUGUGUGACCUUAAAAACUCUGGACUGCAAGGAGAAAGGGCUGUUUUUAUAAACCAGGAUUUACUAGGAUGGCUGCAUGAUUUCACAACAAGGAUUUCAAUGCACACUGUGAACUCAAUAUUUUGUGGCCAUGUGCAGUUGAUCAGGAGCCAAAGAGUUGCUUCUGAGUGAAGCUGAUUGGUUAUCAGCUAACUAAGCAGUUUGCAACGAUAAUCGGGUCCUGAGACGCAGAGAGGGAGGGAAAGACAGAGACAAGUGUGUUGUUGUUGGCAGAAGCUGCCUGUUCUCUGCAGUAAAAAUUGGUUUUAGACUGGUUACUGUUUCUGCAGUAGUUGCUUGGUUGUGAUUUUUGAAUUGAUAAAUCAGAUGUUUUCCAAGUGAAUUAGUUGCUCUAUUUCAUUCAAACCACUGGAACAAGAGAAAGACCGCCAAAAACCAAGAGCUUGGUUAAAUGAAGAAGGAUGAUCUCAGCAUGAGAAACAGGUAGCAAAGACUGACAUUUUUCUUAAGAUCUCCAUUUCUCAUCUACUUGUUUUUCUGUUAGUUUGUUUCUAAGGAGGAGCAUGUAAGGGGAUUAGAGUUUCACUUAGUAAUGUUAUGAGUCAAUGAUUUAUAUCUGUUUACUACAAGUGUAAUUAUUUUCUAGAAAUUUCUUGUUUAGUACUGAAACCUGUUCAGUGCUUUCUAACAGCCUUGGUCUGAAAGUCAGGUAAAUUGGGGUAUUGUUUGUAUCUUAAAAAAGACUGUUUGGUACGGCCCCAGGAAUAGUGUGUCUCAGUUUACAGCACACUACCCCAAUAGAUUAUAACUGUACAGAGGCAAGGAAAUUGGGGUUAAUGGAGAAAAGAACAAAAGGGUAUAUUUGAAAUUGUGUGAGGUAAUAAAAUCACAAAAAGAAUGGUAAUGCAAGGCAACACAGGAUGGAAAAAGUUAGAGAAUCAAAAACUGAGGCUGUAAAGUUGCAAGGUGUGAACUUAUAGAUAUGUUUCUUAAAAUUCCAUGGAACUUCAUUCAUGUAAGAGGCCAAGGACAGAGAUGUUCAAGUUCACAUGAGAAUUAAAAUCAUAAAUACUGAAAACAUGGUCAUUCUUGUGAAUUGAAUAAAGGUGUUCAACAAAGCAAUCUCCCAGUCUCUAGUUUGUCUCCUCAAAAUGGACGAGACUGCAUCAUGAAUGGCAAAUGCAGCAUACUGUCUAGCACAAGGACACAGAAGUUGCUGCUUCUCCUUGAGUGUUUGAGUAAUGGGAAAAGAGAUGAAAGGGUAGAUGUUGCAUCAAUUAACGCAUAUGCACAGCUUGCACUUAGGCUUUACACCUUGGAAUAUAAAUUGUAUGGAGUAAUGAAAGAACCCAUUGGGAAUAUUAGCAGGAAGCCAGGAAAGUCAGAUUAAUGUUUCAGUCGUCAAAAGCCCUGGAAACUGCUCAUCCCUGUAUACAAUCAUUACUAGGCUAGUGAUGCCUAUCAUGCCUUGACCGCAUUCAUUUGAUGGUCAAAGGCUAUAUACCCAAAGAACAGGCACCCCAUUGCCCAACUUGUUUAAUUUAGAGAAUUUAGCACCUGAUGUGCAUUUGACCAACUCUUGGAACAACACCGUGACAGUAACUAAUAGCAUUUUUUUUAUUUAGGAUAUUAACUGAAAGAUAAAUAUUGGCCAAGACACUUGUGUAACUUCAUUGGUUGUCUUCAAAAUAACAUCAUGGCCAUGCGUUUUUUACAUUCAUAACAGCGGGCAAAUAGGGCCCUUCAUUUAGAUAUUUCAUCCAGAACUUGGUACCUCUGUCCGUGUCGCCAUUCCUCCGUACUGCGCUGGACUGUCAGCUUUUGAGUUUUGUGCUGCAGCCUCGGAGUGGUUUGAACCUAGAAGCUUGUAAUUUUGAGGUGAGUAUGUCAUGGUUGCCACGUUUAUUUUAUCCCUUCAACGAUAUGUGUGCCAUUUGCUAGGCCGGCGUUUAUCACUCAUCCCUGACUGCACUGGAGAAGGUGAUGGUUAGCUGCCUUCUUGACCCGCUGCAAUUCUGGGAGUGUAGGGACGCUCGGAGCUUUUAAGAUGGGAGUUCCAGAAUUUUGACCUAGCAGCACUGAAGGAAUGAUAUGCUUCUAAAUCAGAAAGGACGUGGUUUGGAGGUGAACUUGGGUGGUGUUCCCAUACAUCUACUGCUUCUGUCCUUCUAGGCGUUUUUAAACUUUGGGUAAUCUUUAUUUAUUUUGCCACGACCAACAUCUAAACAAUCCAUUUAUAAGCUUGCCAAAUGAACUUAAAUGCAUUCCAAAUGAAGCAGUUUUCAUAGUUUGUAUUAUCAAGCAGCACAGUUUUAAAUGGAGUGGGUCCCAACAGUUAACCU